GCCGCUGGCCAAGAGCGACAGGACAGCGCCUUUCAGUCCCCAAAGUGCGACAAGACUGGUUUAAUUUCUUUGGAAAUUAAUUAUUAUGGUCUGAUUGUUUCAGUUGUUUUCAUUUUUAUCAUCAACUGUCGGACUCGGCAGAGAGUUGGAGUUUUCAAAGAAGAGGAAAUAUUGAAUAGGCUUUUCUUUUCUGUCAUUGAGAGCGCGCAGGAUAUUUGGCGAAGAGCGCUGCGCACCUUUAGUAAUAAGUGUCUUUGGAGUUGCUAUUCAAGAUGACAGACGUCGUUUCGGCAAUGGAUACACAGUCAAACUGCCCAGCGAGUGUCCUCGAACCGGAGUCAGAUCAGAGCCUUGGUUCUCCUAAGAGUCCACCACUGGACCUGAUUGACACAGGAAAAGGACUGAAGGUACAAACAGCGACCCCUCACCUAGUCAGUCUGGGAAGCGGAAGGCUAAGUGUGGCCAUUACUCUGCUACCUCUAAAGGAGGGAGUGACACGCAUAGGCCGUGACGAUGCCCCUGUACCUCAGGACAUCACUAUUGAGGGUCCUGGCAUUGAAGCAGAACACUGCAGGAUUGAGAACAGACGAGGGUUCGUCACUCUUGACCCAUGCGGACACCUGUGUUCGCUCGAUGGAGUCCCUGUUACCAGACCCACACAACUCACGCAAGGUUACACACUCUGUCUUGGUAAAUCCUAUAUCUUUCGCUUUAACCAUCCCGAGGAGGCCAACCGUAUGAAAAGCAUGCUUCCUCAGAAGAGUCCCUUCUCUCCGCUUGUGUACAGCACAGAUUAUCUGAAGUUCAGCAGUGACUUCAGUCACUGUCUGGCUGGCUCUGGCUCAAGAGGGAUGCGCUCAGUCUCUGAGCUCCGCGAUUUGAUGGAUACUUUACAAAAAAAGAAGCAGGCGUUGGAGAACAGCUUGCGAGCCAAUGGGGACUCAAGCCCCUCCUACUUCAGCAUGACACAGUCUCCACCCACCACACCCAAUUUGCUGUCACCCAUCGCCUCAUCCUCCCCAAUAUCGUAUCAGGAACAAGCCCGCCGAUUGUACAGCUCCGAACGGCCACCGCUUGUGGCCAGAGUGCCAAUGCAUUCAUCCAGCAGCAUGCCUCCGUCUCCUCGCAGUUCCGACCCUCGAGAUCGUGACGCAUCACUUCCUUAUUCUCGACCCAUGAGCCGGAACCAAUCUCAGGAUAGUCUGCUCGUCAAUACGUCAGACAGUCGCCAUGCUGCAACCUCAGGCUCAGCACUCUUAAUGUGGAACGGCUCGUCCACCAGUGGGACUGAUUCCCUCCCUCCAGCACCAGGGGGCGGUAGUGGUGCAGCUAGCAUGCCUUCCAGUCCCCGUCUGGCUCGUCGAUUCCACACCCCAGAUGCAGGACGUAACGGUGGACUCGAGCCCACUCCACGGCAACGAAAGUACUCCGCUGGGUCACUUACAGGAAUGAGCUCGCACAGUCGCUCCCUACCACGCCUCUAUAGACCCACCGAUGCCCAACUCACCCUUCUGCCAAGCUAUCGGUCUCCCGACGGCCAUCUUUCACACCCAACUGGAGCCUCUGAUCCCAAACACCAGAAUGGUCAUACUGAAGUAGUUUCCAUCUCACUGUCCACCAGACCUGGUACCAAACACACUGUAGCCCCUCCGGAUGUCACCAUGACAUCAGAAGAAGCCACCAGCCCCCGGCAAGCCAAGAAGGUGAGUUUGACUUCCACCAGCUCCUACUCAGAAGUGGACAGGCAAGCCAUGCGUGGUCCCUCACAAGCUCUGGAGAUCGGUCUCGGGGAAAGGAGGCAGUCGUUUGGAAAGGCAGGGCUGGGUCCGCCGAGUGGCUUCAGGGAGAGAAAGGGCAGCAUCAGCUCUCUCAGUGGAAAGGAAGAGCUUCAAGACUACCAUCAGAGACAGAGGGAUGAAAGACUGCGGGAACAGGAAGUCGAAAGACUGGAACGUCAGCGUCUGGAGACUAUCCUCAAUCUGUGUUCUGGGCUGGGUCGCGCAGAGCAGGACAAAACCGGCUUGGCCGUCGCAGACUUGCAGAAGAUCAACAAGGAGCUGGAGAAAUUACAGGUGUCAGAUGAUGAGUCUACGUUCUCAGACUCUGCAAGUUUGUCAGCCAGCAUUUCUGCUGAAAACGACUACGGGCUUAAAGCUCGGGAGACCCAGGACAGCGAGGAGAGACGGGUACGACAGUUCAAGAACAGUGGACACAGAGAACUUAGGGUGGAGACAACAGCUGUCCUUGGCUCCGCCCCCACCCCUUCUCCUCGACUGACACGGAUAAACAAGGUGUCUGAGGACGACACACGCCUGAAGCUGGACGUAAGACGUAUAGAGGAGGAGAGGAUCCAGGUUCUGAACAAUAUGGAAGAGUUAGAGCUGAAGAUCAAAGACCUGGAUAACCAAAUGGAGGAGUCCAUCAGAGAGUUGGAAAUGGAGCGGGCUCUGUUGGAAGGCGAGCAGGAUUCUGAGAUGGCUCAGCUACAGCAGGAGAAAGACGCUCUGGAGCAACUUAAAGAAAAGAUGUCUGACAUCGAGAACAAAGCGCAGACGGAAAAAUCUCAGGACAAAGCCAAGCUAGAUGCAGAGCGUGUAAAGUUAGAGCGACUGGUGCAUCUGCUUGCAGAGCAGAAGACUCAGUUGGACACCUGCCCUGAAGCCUUGAAAGAGCAACUUCAGCUGCAGCUCUGCAGGGAUGCAGAGACGCUAGAGGUGGAGACCAAGCGUUUUGAAGACCUAGAGUUUCAACAGCUGGAACGAGAGAGUCGUCAAGAUGAGGAGAAAGAGACUCAGACUCAACACAUUCUCAGGGAGAUCGCAGAAUACCAGCGGAGCACCGUCACACGCAAGGAGAGGCUCCUGGCCCUGAAGAAACAGUGUACACAGAUUUCCCAGCAGGCUCAGAGGGACAAGGACAGCUUUGUGAAGGAAAAGAACAAUCUUCAGAUGAUGCUACAGCAGGAAAAGGAGAAUCUUAUCAACUUGGAGAAGAAAUAUUCCGAGCUCACUGGGGCAUUGGGUUUCCCUGUCAGUCCCAUCAGUAUGAAAGAGGACUGCUUCCAGUUGGCUGACGUGUGUCCGCCACAUAGUGAAUUUUGCCAUGCCCACAAAACCCUGUCUCCACUUCCUGCUGACCUGCUGAUGUUUUAUUCUCUUCUUUCCUCUCUUUCUAUCAAAAACGCUGAGGGCUAUGUUACAGUCACUGAGAUCAAUGAACUGUACUCUCAGCUGGGGGUAGACCCCACCCGAGCCCCCCUCCCCACCAAAACCCAGUCCUCUGACGCCCCUGCAACAGGGACUGACUCCAGCCCUGACCUCAAUCCUUCAGAGAGCACUGCCCCACCAGGAGAGGGUGAGCUCUCACCCUCUCCCUGUCCACUGUCCUCCACCAUCCCUUCUUCCUCUUUCACUGCAUGCUCUCGUCCCAACCCUAAACCUCCCUCUGUGCACUGGCCUGAAGACAUGGUCACCUUUCUCAACCCUUCUCCUCCACCUCCUCCUCUACCUGCCAAAAAACAGCGCCGCCACAGGCAGCAUUUCCGCACGCUAGAGGAAAGAAAACGGUACGGUAAGGAAGGCGGAGCUCAUCUGAGUGGCACUCUUCCUCGGAAGAAGACCCAGGCCACCAUAACCCCACAGUUCACCUGUGCCACCCUGGGUCGUAACAUACCCUCUAAAUCUCAUCCACCUUUAGCUCAAAGCUCUAGCUGUGGGAGCGUGUUGAAUCGAGCCCUUGCCAUCUCCCCUAAAGAGACACACGUGGAUACACACCGCCUGCACAAGGGCAAAUCUAAGAAAGGGCACAGUCAGCAGCACAUUGGCGAGGAGCACCGAACGAGGUUGAGUGAUAUCGGUGGCCGCGCGUCCUCCCAGAACAACGUCUACCUAGACUCCUUUGGUUACCAAGACAACGGUCGUGCCUUCGACACACUGAGUAUGGACAGCUCGGACAGCAUGGAAACCAGCAUCUCCGCCUGCUCGCCCGACAAUGUCUCCAGCGCCAGCACCUCCAACGUUUUGAAGAUGGAGGAGAUGGAGCGUCUUCUCCGGGAGGCUCAGGCAGAGAAGCACCAGCUCAUGGAAUACAGGGAGAGAGAGAUGGAGAGCAAGAGCAGGGCCCUUGAAGAGGAGAGGAGACGACGAGAAGAGCUAGAGAAACGGCUGCAAGAAGAAACCACCAGGAGGCAGAAACUCAUUGAGAGAGAAGUGAAACUGCGCGAGAAACAGCGAGUACAGUCUCGUCCAUUGACACGCUACCUACCUGUAAGGAAGGACGACUUUGACCUUCGUGGCCACAUAGACUCGGCCGGCCACAACACAGAGACUUGUUACCACGUCUCCAUCACAGAGAAAACCUGCAGGGGUUUCCUCAUUAAGAUGGGCGGCAAAAUCAAAACCUGGAAGAAGCGCUGGUUUGUCUUCGACCGUAACCGCAGGACUCUGAGCUACUAUGCAGAUAAACACGAGGCCAAACUGAAAGGAGUGAUUUAUUUCCAGGCCAUAGAGGAAGUGUAUUACGACCACUUAAAAAGUGCCCACAAGAGUCCAAACCCUUCCCUAACAUUCAGUGUGAAGACUCACGAUCGUGUCUACUUCAUGGUGGCACCGUCUCCUGAAGCUAUGAGAAUAUGGAUGGAUGUUAUCGUGACAGGGGCGGAGGGAUACACUCAGUUCAUGAUUUAGAUGUCUGCCACCAGGGAAAUAAUAAUAUGUGCAGUGUGUGGAUUUAAAAACCACUGGACCCUUUCACAUGCUGGUUUCAG